AUGCCGAGUCGAGGCGAGUACACGCCGCUCCCGCUCGCGCCGACCAGCCCGCGACUGGGCGGUCCUGGCGACGAUGACGACGACAACAACAACAGUAACGACGACGAUAACGUCGGUCACGGCGGCCUAGGGCUAGAUGGGUCGGACGACGCGCUGGCGCUCCUUGGCCCGCUGGAGGACGUGGAUAAGGGCGAGGUAGAUGAGGCGGCGGUCGUUGUGCCCGGCGAGGACGAGAUCAACUCGUUUGUCCGCUUCUUGGUCGGCACGGCCGCAAUCUCGGGCAUGCUCUUUGGCUACGACACCGGCGUCAUCUCCGGCACUCUCGUCGUGAUCGGCACCGACCUCGGCGUUCCGCUCUCGACCUUCCAGAAGGAGCUCAUCACAUCGGCGACCACCUGCGGCGCGCUGCUCGGCGGCCUCGUAGCCGGCGCCGCGAGCGACUAUACCGGCCGCAAGGGCGUGCUGGCAUUUGCCAACAUUGUGUUCGUGCUCGGAGCUGGUCUCCAGGCCGCGUGCCACACUGUCCGUUCAAUGGUGGUGGGCAGGUUCAUCGUGGGCGUCGGCGUCGGCCUGGCGAGCUGCAUCGCACCGCUCUACAUUGGAGAACUGGCGCCGACAAGACAGCGCGGCAGGCUGGUGACGAUCAACGCGGUGGCGUGUACCCUUGGCCAGGUAGUGGCAUAUGCCAUCGGCGCGGCGUUUGCGCGCGCUCCCGGCGGCUGGCGAUGGAUGGUCGGGCUCGGCGCCGCGCCUGCCGUCGUCCAACUCGUCGCCCUCGUCUUCCUCCCCGAAAGCCCCCGCAUCCUGCUUCUCAAAGGCGACACGCGCAAAGUGCACAAGAUCCUCGGCCGGAUCUAUCCGCUGGCCACGCCGCACGACGUGGCGCGCAAAGUGGCCAUCAUGGCCGCGGCAGUGCGGCAGUCUGCUGACAUUGAGGCGAGGACGACCUGGGCACAGCGCGCGGCGAGUCUGGUCAAAGUCGGGACACAUCGACGUGCCCUUGGUGAGUGCAGUGUCUGGACUGGCGGCCAAAAACGGUUUACGCGGACCCACAGGCCUACUGAAGCUAUCCUCCUCGGACCGCAGGUCCCAGCUGACCACCCUCCAGUCAUCGGGUGCGGCCUCCAAGCCCUCCAGCAGCUAUGCGGGUUCAACACCCUCAUGUACUACUCUGCCACCAUCUUCGCCAUGCUGGGGUUCAAGAACGCUACCGCCACCGGCCUGAUCAUCGCCGGGGUCAACUUCAUCUUCACACUCGUGGCUCUGAGGAUCGUCGACCCCCUCGGCCGCCGCCCGACAAUGCUGUACACCAUCCCCAUCAUGUGCCUUGCGCUCCUGCUCGCCGCAGCGUCAUUCUACGCGCUCACGAAAUCCACCGGCGGCGUCCUCGUCCCCGGCACAGCGUACCCGCCGACACUCACCACGGGCGUGCUGGCGUCCAUGAUCCUGUUCGUGGCGGCGUACGCGACGGGCUGCGGCAACAUUCCCUGGCAGCAGGGCGAGCUGUUUGCGCUCGAGGUGCGCGGGCUCGGCACGAGCGUCGCCACCGCGACCAACUGGUCGUGCAACUUGCUUAUCGCGGCCACGUUCCUCAGCCUCAUGGACAGGGCCAGCCCCGCAGGCGCGUUUGCGCUGUAUGCCGGCGUGUGUGCGGCCGGGUGGGUGUUUUGCUAUCUCGUCUAUCCCGAGACGUCCGGGUUGAGCCUGGAAGAGGUGUACGAGGUGUUUAGCGAUGGGUUUGGCGUCGAGAAGAGCAAGGCCAUGCGCGCACACAAGGUGGCGCGAGCGCGCGAAGCGAGGAUCGCAGCCCAGGCGGCGGCCCGCCGUGACGACUAG